AUGGGCAAGGAAGCUUCUUUCGCACCCGAGAGACGAGAACUGGCGACGAGAUGGCCUCUAAAUGGCCUACCGAUCAUGACCUUGGUCAUGGUGACUGUCGUGUGUGUUUGCCAACCGCUGUCACUUGACGGCGCACCUUCGGCUCGCACCUUCGAUCUGAUCGCGACACGUCCAAACUCUCUCGUUUCGCACCUUCUACGAGACUCUCCAGCAAUCGCUUCCUCGCUUCACACAGCAAGUCACCAAACCAGACCUAAUCCACGCGCUUUGAAAUCCCCCAUCGCCAUGACGACCUUUGAUGUGUUGUGCACAUUGGCCAUCAGCGAUGAGCGCGAAGCCGAGCUGGCGGCCGAGGCAGCAAAGAAAAACAACGUCAACGAUACCAUAGUUAUAGCUAUGGCGACCAGCAGCAUAAACAACAGCAGCAUCGCUAACCCGACUUUCACUCCAGGUGACUCUGCCAAGGGCGCCAAGCUUUUCCAGACUCGCUGUGCUCAGUGCCACACUGUCGAGAGCGGUGCUCCCCACAAGGUCGGCCCCAACCUGCACGGCCUCUUCGGCCGUAAGACCGGCCAGGCCGACGGCUACGCCUACACCGACGCCAACAAGCAGGCCGGUGUCACUUGGGACGAGACCUCUCUGUUCAAGUACCUCGAGAACCCCAAGAAGUUCAUCCCCGGUACCAAGAUGGCCUUUGGUGGUCUCAAGAAGACCAAGGAGCGCAACGACCUCAUCACUUACCUCAAGGAGUCCACCGCUUAA